AUGAAGUUCAAUCCGUUCGUGACCUCAGACCGAAGCAAGAACCGCAAGAGGCACUUCAACGCGUCCUCGUACAUCCGGCGCAAGAUCUUGUCGUCCCCGCUGUCCAAGGAGCUCAGGCAGAAGUACAACGUCAGCUCGAUGCCCAUCUGGAAGGAUGACGAGGUCCAGGUGGUUCGUGGACACUACAAAGGUCAACAAAUUGGCAAGGUAGUCCAGGUUUACAGAAAGAAAUAUGUCAUCUACAUUGAACGUGUGCAACCAGAAAAAGCUAAUGGCACGACUGUCCAUGUGGGAAUUCACCCUAGUAAGGUAGUUAUCACCAGACUAAAACUGGACAAAGAUCGCAAAAAGAUUCUUGAAACAUGA